AAAAGGACCAUUUCGCCGAUUUAAGUUUAUAUAGGCAACCCAAAUUACACCCCGCUAAGCAACGGGUCAGGAUUUAGACAGAAUCCAACGCUGCCUGGCAGGAAAUCAAAUUCCAAACUAACCUCAAAGUUUAGCUGCUUGAGUUUAGCACACGUUUUGUUUAAAUAUCUGCAGAAAACCAAAUUUACUAAAAAUGACUAAACCAAAAUCGAAUAAGAGAAACUUCGGUGAUAAAGGUAAGUUUUCCCAAAAACGUAAACAAGGGAUUGGAAAGAGAAACCAGAAAUUUAAAAACAACAAGAAAAAUAAAGGGGGGCCGAAUGUUCAUAAGAAUUUUCCAAAAAAGCAGGUUCAGGAUGUCAAACCGGAUGUAGAGAAAAAUGAAAUUAAAAAUGAUGUGGUACAAGCUGGCUCAUUUAUAGGAAAUCCUGACAAGAAUCCAAAGAAAGAUCCAUUUUUUAUCAUCAAACAAAAAGUAAAUUCUUCAGACAACCACGAGAAGGAAAAAAUUAUCAAAGAAUUGGAAAAUAAAAUCAAUGCUAUCGAAAGCAGGGGUCAAUUGACUAACACAGCAACAAGAAAAUUGAGACAAUUAAAGAAAUAUAAAAAAUUGGCGGAAGGGGGUCAACUGAAUUCUCCACCAGAAAAAACAAAACAUGGUAAAACAAAAACAGAGAAGAGACGGGAAAGGAGAGUUGCAGCAGCAGCAACAAAGAAAGAAACAGUGGCACUAAACAAAACAAAAGUAACUAAGUCAGUAGGGAAGAAAUCUGCUGAACCCGAAAGUACAGCGGAAAAAUCCGAUGAUGAAGUUGAGGGAGCUGAAGAAGAAUCUUCUGAGGGCGCAUCAAAUGCUGGCGAAGACGAAAGCGAUAGUUAAUCUAGUCCUGCUUGUUUGUACCCUUAAGUGAAUCAUUUAUUUAUCUAAUGUUUAGUCUUAAAAAACAGUGUGUUCCAUCAGAUGUCGUGUAAAUUAGCAAACAUUUUUAUUAAAUUUACAAUAUUACAAAAUGUAUUGUCAUUUCUAUUAUGGCCGUGUUAAAGUAACAUUAAUAUAUAUUUUACAUUACCACGUUUCAGUAUCCGAUAUCUUAUACUUUCACAUUCAUAUUUUUGUAAAUGUCAACACCAGUUCCUUUUUCUACCUUUCGGUUUUAACUUACAUUAUUAGGUAUAUUAGGUAGCUGUUUUUCUGCCUAUAGAAUCUGCCCUUCGUUUCUAUACCGAUGUUAUUUUAUUUCCUUUUUGCUAAUGUUAAUCCUGGAGGAGAGCAUCCAGGGACAGAAAUACUUAAAAGCGGGGGAGUCCAGGGCCCGAUUUAGCUGUAGCGCCAUAGGAUAGAGAGAAAGAGAAUCCUAAUCUGAAUACUUAUUGUUUUUUUAUGAUUUUUCACUUGCUGUUACUCUUGCCGUUUUUACUACUUUUUUGUUUUCGUGUGCUUUUAUAUUAAUUGUCGUAUUUAUUGCCAUAUUUUAUGCCAAUGUAUUCAUUUGUUUUUUUUAACCAAGUUUCUUUAUUUUCGUUAAAUUCCACAUUAAGGUACACGGUAAGACAAUUACAAACAAAACACAAAAAUAAAUAGUCCAUAAAUAAAACUAGACUAACAUGCUGGUCGACAAGAAGCUGCAGAAGUUUUCUCAAAAGUCACAUAUCAAGCGAGAGGAUUCAAACCGCAGACCCAGAUCAUUAAAGAUAAUAAUGGAAAUACCAUAAUAAACCCAGAAGGUAUCUCAGCGAUGUGGAAGCAAUAUUGAGAAAUACUAUUCUCUAACAACGACUCGGACAAUAAUACAGGGAAAAGGAACCACAAUUACUGGAAUCAGAAAUUGAGACAGCAAUAAAAAGUAGAGGGGAAGCAGAUGAAAUAAUAGCGGAGACACUCGAAGAUCUGGGAGAUAGGUAUUGAAGUAAUGCUUCGAAUCUGAACUGAAAUCUGGAACACCAGAAAGUGAUAAUAUACCUAAAGAUACGAUGAAACCCACUGGGAAAAAGAAGAUAAGAACAUCUCGCGAGGUAAAGUUUAGUUCUCAAAAGAAUAAUUCAGGAACAUACCAUACUCCACUGCGCUCGAAUAAUCCAGGUAGCGACAAAAAACAAGAUAAAAUACAACCUAAGAAAAUCCAAAAGAUCAUUCCGCCAAAAACAACCUUGGAGAAAAGGCUUCAUCCAGAGGUUACUAACUUGAAAGCAGCAUUGAAGCAGUUGAAAGUAGGAGAUGAACACGCAAAAAAGAACGUUAGAACAUUAAGAAAAAAAAUUGACUUAAUACUUAAGAAGGAAAAUCUCACUAAAAAGGAAAAACGCAUACUUUUUAAUUUAAAAGUCCGAUGUAAAAAAGUUAUUCGAUUAAAAUCCACUGACCAAAUAGAAACUCCGGUGGGACAAGGGAUAAAUUCUCAAAAAAGUUUUGGAACAAAUAUUAAAACAAAAAAAUCAGAUCAGGACAAACUGUUAGUACUCCCCUCCCAAACUAUUAGUUCCAACAAAAAGAACAAAUUGGCACAUAUCAUCAAAAGUCAACUAAAAGAAAAUCUAUCAGAUGAACCAAAUAAGUUCAACUCAGAACAUGGUGGUAAACUUAAAUUAAAAGUUAAAAGUACAGUCAAGAAAAGUACAAAAGAUUUACCUCCCGUUACUAAUAUCCUAAAAUUACAUCAGAAACUAAAAAAUAAAUCCAUUGACUCGGCAAAAUAUACCUUAAAUCAGUCAAAUAUUGAACCUGAAGAAGAUAUAGGGUUUAUAAAACAGAAAAAGAAAAAAACAAAUCUGUUAAAACUGAAGCAGAAGUUUACAGGACAAUUAAAGAAACAAGUAGACUUUCCAUUGAAUCUGACUUCAUCACCCGAUGGAGAAUCUUGUCUCCAAGAAUUAUCAAAAACGAAGAAAAAAUCAAAAGAAGUAAAAGCAAAAUUAAAGCCUUUUAAGGGUACAUCACAGCUAGAAAUACCUAAUGAUCCAAAUCCCAUACAAAACAAAUUGGGAAAAAACUAUUUGCACAGUGAUCCUUUGUGUGUCGGUUCACCAACUGAUGAGUCAAAUGAACUGACAACAAUUAAAUCGAUAAAUAAAAUUUUGAAAAAACUUAAAUCUACCGAAGAUGUUCAAAUACAGGAAACAAUUGGACUGCUUAAAACUCAUAUCAAUACCAAAGUUGGUAAACAUUUAAGGAAAUUAUUAAAACACAUAGUCAACGCUAACGAUGAAUUAAAAUAGUUACUGACAAACGUAAAAAGAGGAAAAUUUCAGAAACUAUAGUAGCAAUUGUUCAUGUUUAUAAACCUUAUCUUAUGCUUAUUAUUUCCCGUUUUUGUCGUGUAAUAAGAAAAUGACUGAUUAGUGUUUAUGUAUAUAUAGAUUCUUUAUAUUUCGAAAAUGAUUAAACUCUACAAGACAUUU